AUGCCAUUGAAUGGUAGAUUUAAAAAAAAAACCUUUGUGGCAGACAUAAAUUCUACCGCUGCCUCCUCUCCUUAUGCAUAUAGAGACUUUAUACGAAGAAAAUUUGUUCUUAUAAUCGGACACAUUUUUUCUUCCUUUUUUCAUUGUUUCAUAUUCUAUUUAUUACGCACAUUUUUUUCCUUUUCACUUCUUUUAUUUUAUAACCUUAUCCUUUUCUUUCUUUUACCUCUAUCUUUCUUUGCACUUUUUUCUUUUGUUCCUCUACUUUUCUUUCCUUUUUUUUUCUUUUUUUGUUCCUUUACAUUUCUUUCUUUCAACUUUCUUCUUUUGUUCCUCUACUUUUCUUUCCUUUCUUUUCUUCUUUUGUUCCUCUACUUUUCUUUCUUUUUUUUUCUUCUUUUGUUCCUUUACAUUUCUUUCUUUCUUUCAACUUUCUUCUUUUGUUCCUCUACUUUUCUUUCCUUUCUUUUCUUCUUUUGUUCCUCUACUUUUCUUUCUUUCCAAUUUCUUAUUUUAUUCCUCAACCUUUCUUUCUUUCUUUCUUUCUUUCCACUUUCUUCUUUUGUUCCUCUACUUUUCUUUCCUUUCUUUUCUUCUUUUGUUCCUCUACUUUUCUUUCUUUCCAAUUUCUUAUUUUAUUCCUCAACCUUUCUUUCUUUCUUUCUUUCUUUCUUUCUUUCCACUUUCUUCUUUUGUUCCUCUACUUUUCUUUCCUUUCUUUUCUUCUUUUGUUCCUCUACUUUUCUUUCUUUCCAAUUUCUUAUUUUAUUCCUCAACCUUUCUUUCUUUCUUUCUUUCCACUUUCUUCUUUUGUUCCUCUACUUUUCUUUCCUUUCUUUUCUUCUUUUGUUCCUCUACUUUUCUUUCUUUCCAAUUUCUUAUUUUAUUCCUCAACCUUUCUUUCUUUCUUUCUUUCCACUUUCUUCUUUUGUUCCUCUACUUUUCUUUCCUUUCUUUUUCUUCUUUUGUUCCUCUACUUUUCUUUUUUUUCCAAUUUCUUAUUUUAUUCCUCAACUUUCUUUCUUUUUUCUUUUUUUCCACUUUCUUUUCUUUUUUUUUUGUUCCUCUUACUUUUUUUCUUUCUUAUUUUAUUUUUCUUCUUUUUUUCCUUUCUUUCCACUUUUUUUUCCUCUACUUUUUUCUUUCUUUUCCAAUUUGUUUUUUUUAUUCCUCAACCUUUCUUUUUUUUUCUUUUUUUCCACUUUCUUCUUUGUUCCUCUACUUUUCUUUUCCUUUUUUUUUUCUUCUUUUGUUCCUCUACUUUUCUUUUCUUUCCAAUUUCUUAUUUUAUUCCUCAACCUUUCUUUCUUUCUUUUUCCACUUUCUUCUUUUGUUCCUCUACUUUUCUUUUCCUUUUUUUUCUUCUUUUGUUCCUCUACUUUUCUUUUCUUUUUUCCAAUUUCUUAUUUUAUUCCUCAACCUUUCUUUCUUUCUUUCUUUCUUUCUUUCCACUUUCUUCUUUUGUUCCUCAACCUUUCUGUCUGUCUUUCUUUCUUUUUUUUCUUUUGUUCCUCUCUUAUAUCACUGUUGCAUGACUCCCGUUUGCUCUUAAAUUUAUGUAUAUAUUUUAUUUUCUCUUUGUCACUCUCUCUUUUCCUCGUUACUAACGUUUCCUUCCUUUUUUUUAUUAUUUUUUUAAUUGAAUUUAUUUUACCUUCUUUUUUCUCUUUGUCACUCUCUCUUUUCCUCGUUACUAACAUUUCCUUCCUUUUUUAUUAUUUUUUUAAUUCAAUUUAUUUUACCUUCUUUUUUCUCUUUGUCACUCUCUCUUUUCCUCGUUACUAA